UUUUCAACUAUAACUAACCAAGUAAAGUACCCAACCAACCCCUAAUCUCUCUCUCUCUCUCUCUGCUACAUCGCUUUCUUUCUCAUUAUUAAUUCUUUUUCUUACCUAUCACUAACUCACUCUGUUCAUCACAAUUCAGAUUUUGAAAAGAAGAAAAAUGUCGGUGAAUUCGAGUUCCAGAGGAAGAAUAGGAGCCAGAGAAACCAGUCCAGAGAGAACAAAAGUUUGGACCGAACCCAAACCCAAAACGACCAGAAAAGUUUCCGUCGUUUACUACCUCUCCCGUAACGGCCAACUCCAACACCCUCAUUUCAUGGAAGUUCCUCUUUCUUCCCCUCACGGACUAUACCUCAAAGACGUGAUCGUUCGCUUGAACCUGCUCCGUGGGAAAGCCAUGGCUACUAUGUACUCUUGGUCUUCCAAACGGAGUUAUAAAAACGGUUUCGUUUGGCAUGAUUUAUCGGAGAAUGAUUUCAUAUAUCCAACGCAAGGGCAAGACUACAUUCUCAAAGGAUCUGAGAUUCUCGAUCACGUUACUACCACCGCUCAAACGCCGUUUGAGGAAGAAUCUGAUUCUCCGGUGGUGAUUACGCGGCGGCGCAACCAGUCAUGGAGUUCGAUUGACUUGAACGAGUACCGAGUUUAUAAGUCGGAGUCGUUGGGUGACUCAGUUGGAAACAUUGCCGCGGAUGCGUCGACUCAGACGGAGGAGAAGCGGAGGAGGAGGAGAGUUGUCAGAGAGAAGGAAGAUGAAGAUGAGAAAGAGAAGAAUGAAAUUGAAACGGAGGGAGAGAGGGCCCCACACGUUGAAUGUAAUCAAAAUCAGAGUACGGAGCUGAGUAGGGAAGAGAUCUCGCCUCCACCGUCGGAUUCGAGUCCGGAAACACUGGGAACACUUAUGAAGGUAGAUGGACGGCUGGGAUUACGAUCUGAGGUUUCUGCGAAGGAGAAUCCGACGGUUGAAAGCUGUCCUAGUGGAAGGAUGAAAGCUUCAUCAGUGCUCUUGCAGUUGUUAUCGUGCGGUGCGGUUUCUUUCAAGGAGAGUGUGAGUGGGGCCAGCUCGGGUAAAGAUCAAGGAUUCUCAUUACUCGGGCAUUACAAGUCUAGAUUACCCCGCGGAGCAGGGAAUCAUAACCAUGAGGGUAAAGAAAUAGGGACAUUGAUGGAAAUUCCUGAAUUGGGCAGGGUGAGAUUGGAAGAUAAAGAGUAUUUUAGUGGAAGCUUGAUUGAAACCAAAAAAGUGGAAGUUCCUAUGGCAUUUAAGAGGUCCUCUUCUUACAAUGCUGAUAGUGGUUCCCGGCUGCAAAUCAUGGAGCAUGAGGAAGAUUCGGUGCGGGCAAAGUGCAUACCAAGGAAAUCCAAAACACUAGCAACAAAGAAAGAAGAGGGUACUUCAAGUUCCAUGGAUAGAGUUAGCCGUAGCCAACAUGGAAGCAAAAGAUUUGAGGGACAACAAUAAGAAGAGCUAAAAGAAGUUAAAUUAGUGUAAGUAAUUAAGUAGAGGGUAGUGUGUUGUCACCUAGAGCUUUGAAAUUUGCAAGUCACAUGCACAACAUAGCACUAUGGACAGAUACGUUAAGCAAGGAUUAGCAAUGUGAUUAAAAUACUAGUUUGUUGUAGAUCUUGUCCAUUGUGAUCUUUAUGUUUUGGCCAGAAGACAAUGCUUGUAACGGAUGUUUUCUGUUUCUGGCUUUUUGUGUUGUGUGACGGUGAUAAUUGCUUUUUAUUUAUUUCUUUUAAUUAUUAACGGAAGUAUUUAACAA